GCCGCGCCGGGCGUGAGAGUCGGCGGCGGCCGCAGCCUCGGCGGGGCCGCCAUGGACGCAGCUACUCUUACCUACGACACCCUCAGGUUUGAGUAUGAAGACUUCCCUGAGACCAAAGAACCCGUUUGGAUCCUUGGCCGGAAAUACAGUGUUUUUACAGAGAAGGAAGAGAUCCUGUUGGAUGUGACCUCUCGGCUUUGGUUCACCUACAGAAAGAACUUCCCUGCUAUUGGAGGAACCGGUCCCACCUCUGACACGGGCUGGGGCUGCAUGCUGCGCUGUGGCCAGAUGAUCUUUGCUCAGGCCUUGGUCUGCAGGCAUUUGGGAAGAGACUGGAGGUGGAUAAAAGGGAAGAGGCAGGUGGAUAAUUACUUCAACGUUCUUAAUGCCUUCAUUGACAAAAAAGACAGCUACUACUCCAUUCACCAGAUAGCCCAGAUGGGAGUCGGGGAGGGAAAAUCCAUAGGCCAGUGGUAUGGACCAAACACGGUCGCACAGGUGCUCAAAAAACUUGCAACUUUUGAUACGUGGAGUUCCCUGGCAGUACACAUAGCCAUGGACAACACAGUGGUGAUGGAAGAAAUCCGGAGGCUGUGCCAGUCCAAUGUGCCAUGUGCUGGAGCUGCAGCAUGCCCUGCCCUGGAGUCAGAUGUGCUCUACAAUGGCUGCCCAGAGGACGUGGGGCUCAGAGAGAGGCUUGCCCUGUGGAAACCACUGGUGCUGCUGAUACCUCUCCGCCUCGGGCUCACAGAGAUCAAUGAAGCCUAUAUUGAAACACUAAAGCACUGCUUCAUGAUGCCCCAGUCCCUGGGAGUGAUCGGAGGGAAGCCAAACAGUGCUCACUACUUCAUUGGCUAUGUAGGUGAGGAGCUCAUUUACCUGGACCCCCACACCACGCAGCCGGCGGUGGAGCCCAGUGACAGCGGCUGCCUCCCCGACGAGAGCUUCCACUGCCAGCACCCUCCGUGCAGGAUGAGCAUCGCCGAGCUCGACCCCUCCAUUGCCGUGGGCUUUUUCUGCAACACAGAGGCAGACUUUAAUGACUGGUGUCAGCAAAUCAAAAAGCUGUCCCUGGUCAGAGGAGCGCUGCCCAUGUUCGAGCUGGUGGAACGCCAGCCCUCACACUUCUCCAACCCCGACGUCCUGAAUCUCACACCAGACUCCUCUGAUGCCGACAGAUUGGAAAGGUUCUUUGACUCGGAAGAUGAAGACUUUGAAAUCCUGUCCCUUUGAAAACAAAUAGGAAACUGACUCUGCAAAUUUGUGUAUGUGUGGGGAGAAGGGGGGAGGGAAGCUCCUUCGAGAGCCUGGGGCUACCGGUUUUCAUAGGCGCUUGCUGCCAUCCCUGCCUCCCGUCCAUCCUGGCAUUCCGUGCAGCCUCGGAGCAGAGCGUGCAGUGUCUGCAGUGGGAUGAAGAACCCUGAGGGUGUUACAGCCUUACUGGCUGCAGUUGGAAUUGCUCAGCAGCAAACAGUUGCUGGAAGUGGAUGCAGUGGUGCUUAGUAGUUCAAAGCCUAUCUGUUACAUCAGCAGGUCAGCUGGGCCUUCCGGGGGAGGCACGGAAAUCGUUAGAGCGCUGAAUCCUUCCAUGGGGACUCCCCUCUGAAGCUUAAGUAGAGCCCACCCAUCAUUUAGCAGGAGAAAGGUCCAGUUAAUGCUUUUAGCAGCUUCCCUUCUCACUGGCCAACCUGGACUGCAGCUCACAAUGCCAGGGAACAGCAGCCACGUCCCACAGACAGCUGUGAAGCCUCCGGAGUGCAGGUCCCUAUGGUACAACUCCUGUUCAUGCUCUGCAGGACACUCAGCGCUACCUCUCCUGUCCACAACCUAUAGAAAGGGAGUUGAGGGAAUUUCUAAGUGAAUGGGAAUUCAAUAAGUGAAGUGUGGAGCAGUGGUGUGCUGUUGCUCAGUGAGUCAAUCCAUGUGCUUCUACAGUGGAAUAGUCUACUGCAAGUACCUUCAGGAAAGCUGGUUUGAACAGAAAACUGAAUUCCACAGCCCUGGGAAAAAAAGAGUCCAGAGCUGAGAGAGCUGAAACAAGGCAGCAGAGAGCUGCCAGGCAUCUUCCAGGCUUUUGCCUGUCCACCAGUGUGCUGGCAUGGUGACUAGGGAGUGAUGUGCUGCCAAAAACCCAAGCUGUAAAACCUCUUGAGGUGCCCUGGGUGGGUUGGUCAGUGCUUCCUCCAGCUACUCUUGUCAAACAUUCCCUUUCCAAAGCAGAAGAGGUGCCUGAAGGUCAAGGAGGUUUCUGAGCUGUGUUGGUACCUUGCCUCUGCCAGCUCCCCUCCCUGUUGAGUGUGCCCAGAGGUGCUCUAGGAGCUAACCUGGAGAAACCCAUCAGGUGACCAUCCCAAGAAGGGCAGAGUGCCUUGAGAAGGUCCAAAUAUACUGGAAAUUUUAGCUACUUUAAGCUGGUAGCUCUGCCUGGGGCCCUUCUCCACAAAGAAAGGUAAACCGUGGAGGAGAGCUGUCUCCAUGCACACUGCUAGGGAAGUGCUGCCAUGGUUUCCUUGGUGUGUGCUGCACACUUCAACCCUGUUUACAAGGCCUUGGUUUGUGCAUUCAGGUUUGGAACCUGUCAGAUGAUGGUGGUGUGCCCAAGGGUGGUGCCACCAGGCUAGAAAUGACCUGUUUUCCCCGUGACUGACCUACUGAUGCUCUGUCCCUGUGAUACCCAAAAGCAGAGGUUUGAACUGGGAACCACAAUGCUUCUGUCACUAAAUUAUUAUUUGCUGCUUUCUGCCUGCUUCUCCUCUUCUCUCUUGUAGUCAGGGGAAGAGGCAGCAGAGGAAGUGGGGCUGUGCUCCAUUCAUCUGCUUUCAAUUUCUAUCUGAAUAAACAGAUCUAAAAUCUU